UUUGCUUUCUCUUCUGGAAAAUCAUUAUUUUUUAAUUUUUCUUUUUAUUAAAAAAAAUUUUUUCAUUUUUUUGUUUUAUUAAUUAUUAAUUAUUUUCUGAAUGGAAUUCUGAUUAUUCACAUUUUCGAAUAGGUACAAGAAGAAUUACUUGAAAUAAUGAUCGGAAACGUUGAAUCAUCCCCAAGUGGAUUCAGUGAGCGAUAAGACAAUCGAAAAUUUUACAAAAUACAAUUGUAAUUUUUGGAAAAUUCUUUUGUUCAUACUUUUUACAGUUUUGAAGAAAUUUUUUUAAAGGAAAAAUGGAAAAAUCAUACUCUAAAGAAUGGCCACAAUAUAUUGCAGCAAUAACAGCGACAUUUUCAAUGGCGAUAUCAGGAUCGCAUAUCGGUUGGACUUCACCAACACUACCAAAUCUAAAAAGUGACGAUUCCCAUUUAAAAAUCACGUCUGACGAUGCAUCAUGGAUCGCUUCAUUCUAUCUUUUGGGAUCAAUUCCCGGCAAUAUAAUUGCUGGUCUCCUCGUCGAUUGGCUCGGCAGAAAAACAAGUUUAAUAGCAGCUGGUAUACCACUUACUCUCGGCUGGAUCCUCAUCCUCAUGGCCUGGAAUCCAUACGUCCUGUUUGCGUCGCGCUUCAUCAGCGGCAUUGGCCAGGGCAUUGUCUACGUCAUUUGUCCCAUGUACAUUGGAGAGAUUGCCGACAAAAAUAUCCGCGGCUCAUUGGGUUCGUUCAUCAAAUUAAUGGUGACAUUCGGCGAACUCUAUGGACACGCAAUUGGUCCAUUUGUCUCGUACGGUGUUCUCGCCUACGCCUCAAUAAUAAUUCCAAUUAUUUUCUUCGUCACAUUUUCAUUUAUGCCCGAGUCGCCUUACUAUCUACUAAUGAAAAAUCAACGAUCAAAAGCCGAGAAAAGUUUAGCGUGGCUGAGAAGAUAUGAAAAUGAUGAGGACCUCAAGGAGGAAACUGAUCAGAUGCAGAAGACUGUAAUUAAAGAUCUGAUGAAUAAGGGUCAUUUUUGGGAUCUCUUUGACACGCCAGGCAAUAGAAAAGCCGUUCUUGUUUCGUUUGGUCUUCAGUUUGUACUUCAGUUCAGUGGAAUUGCUGCAAUUGAAAGUUAUACACAGGAAAUAUUCGAUCAAAGUGGUUCGGAAUUUUCGGCUGCGCAGGCGGUGAUUCUUUUGAGUUUAGUGCAAUUAAUGGCUGGUUUAGCGGCCGCUGCGUUAGUUGAUAAAAUUGGAAGAAUACCUCUGUUGAUAACAACAACAUUCCUCGCCGGCCUAUCAUUGGCGUUGAGUUCAAUUUUCUAUUUUCUCAAAUUUCAAAUGAAUAUCGAUAUGUCCGGAUUGGGGACGAUUCUCGUGGCUUUCGUUAUAUUUUACGAAUUAAUUAUCGCACUCGGCUUAAAUCCCCUUCCUUACAUGAUGCUCGGCGAAUUAUUUCCAACCAGUGUCAAGGGUUUCGCAGUAUCAAUCGCCAAUGUUUGGGGCUCGUUUCUAGCAUUCUUUGUCUCGAAACUCUAUCAAGUUGUUGCUGAUAAUUGUGGUAUUUACGCUUCCUUCGCCUGGUUCGCCACCAGUUGUUUCCUUGGAUUAGUCUUCAUCAUUUUUUGCGUACCUGAAACAAAAGGAAAGUCACUUAUGGAAAUUCAAGAGGAACUCAAUUGCGGCAAAAAGAAGAAAAAAAUUGAAGAAACAAUGAAUGUCAGUACGAUAGCUUAAAAAUUCUUCGACAAUCACGACUCAAAAAUAAUCAAGAGUCAAUUCCUUUGAUCUGAACAAAACAAAAACCCGAUUGAAAAUUAAAAUUAUUUCCUCAAUUUGAUUUUUCUUCUUGUGAACUGACAAAAUUUUUCAUUUCAAUGAAAUUGAAACGGAAAUUUUUCAUUUUAAUUUCUAACGAAACGAAAUUGAGUGGAAAAUUGUUCCGUUUCAAUAGAGUGACUAUUUUUUUCCUCUUUUUUUUAACAUAAUGAGACGAGAAAUAAAAAAAAAAGAAAAUAGAAUAAAAAAGGAAUACCUUAUCUAAAUUUGUUAGAUAAAC